AUGCAGGAUGCCCGGGGCUCCUGUCCCGGCAGCCCCAGGGACGCUGCAGAUGGGCAGGGGCCAGGCCUGUGCCGGGGCGAGAUCAACUUCGGAGGGUCUGGGAAGAAGCGAGGCAAGUUCGUGAAGGUGCCAAGCAGCGUGGCCCCCUCUGUGCUGUUCGACCUGCUGCUGACCAAGUGGCACCUGCCGGCCCCCAACCUGGUGGUGUCCCUGGUGGGCGAGGAGCGGCCCUUCGCCAUGAAGUCCUGGCUGCGGGACGUGCUGCGCAAGGCGCUGGUGAAGGCGGCCCAGACCACGGGGGCCUGGAUCCUGACCAGCGCCCUCCGCGUGGGCUCCGCCUGGCACAUCGGGCAGGCUGUGCGCGACCACUCGCUGGCCAGCACGUCCACCAAGGUGCGCGUGGUCGCCAUUGGCAUUGCCUCUCUGGGCCGCGUCCUGCACCGCCGGCUCCUGGAGGACGCCCAGGAGGACAUCCCCGCCCACUACCCUGCAGAGGACGGUGGCAGCAGCCAGGGCCCCCUCUGUCCCCUGGACAGCAACCUCUCCCACUUCAUCCUGGUGGAGCCGGGGCCCCCCGGGAAGGAGGACGGGCUGACGGGGCUGCGGCUGCGGCUGGAGAAGCACAUCUCGGAGCAGAGGACGGGCUACGGAGGCACCGGCAGCAUCGAGAUCCCCGUCCUUUGCCUACUGGUCAACGGUGACCCUGGCGCCCUGGAGAGGGUUUCCCGGGCCGUGGAGCAGGCUGCGCCGUGGCUGAUCCUGGCGGGCUCCGGGGGAGUGGCCGACGUGCUCGCCGCCCUGGUGAGCCAGCCCCACCCCCUGGUGCCCCAGGUGGUGGAGAAGCAGUUUAAGGAGAAGUUCCCCAGCGAGCGUUUCUCCUGGGAGGACAUCGUGCACUGGACCAAGCUGCUGCAGAACAUCACCGCGCACCCGCACCUGCUCACCGUGCACGACUUCGAGCAGGAGGGCUCCGAGGAGCUGGACACUGUCAUCCUCAAGGCUCUGGUGAAAGCCUGCAAGAGCCACAGCCAAGAGGCACAGGACUACCUGGAUGAGCUCAAGCUGGCCGUGGCCUGGGACCGCGUGGACAUCGCCAAGAGCGAGAUCUUCAACGGGGACGUGGAGUGGAAGUCCCGUGACCUGGAGGAGGUGAUGAUGGACGCCCUGGUCAGCAACAAGCCUGAGUUUGUGCGGCUCUUCGUGGACAACGGCGCCGACGUGGCCGACUUCCUGACGUACGGGCGGCUGCAGCAGCUGUACCGCUCCGUGGCCCCCAAGAGCCUGCUGUUCGACCUGCUGCAACGCAAGCACGAGGAGGCCCGGCGGACGCUGGCCGGCCUGGGCACGCAGCCGCCCCGGGAGCCACCCGCCGGGCCGCCCGCCUUCUCCCUGCACGAGGUCUCGCGCGUGCUCAAGGACUUCCUGCGGGACGCCUGCCGCGGCCUCUACCAGGACGGCGGGCCAGGGAGCCGGAGGAAGGUGGAGAGGGGUCCGGCCAAGCGGCCCACAGGCCAGAAGUGGCUGCCGGACCUUGGCCAGAGGAGCGAGCAGCCCUGGAGGGACCUGUUCCUGUGGGCCGUGCUACAGAACCGCCACGAGAUGGCCACCUACUUCUGGGCCAUGGGUCAGGAGGGUGUGGCAGCCGCUCUGGCCGCCUGUAAAAUCCUCAAAGAGAUGUCCCACCUGGAGCCGGAGGCCGAGGUGGCCCGGGCCAUGCGUGAGGCCAAGUAUGAGCAGCUGGCCCUCGACCUGUUCUCCGAGUGCUACAGCAACAGCGAGGACCGUGCCUUUGCCCUGCUGGUGCGGCGGAACCGCUGUUGGAGCAGGACCACCUGCCUGCACCUGGCCACGGAGGCCGACACCAAGGCCUUCUUUGCCCAUGACGGCGUGCAGGCCUUCCUGACCAAGAUCUGGUGGGGGGACAUGGCCACCGGCACACCCAUCCUGCGGCUGCUGGGCGCCUUCUUCUGCCCGCCGCUCGUCUACACCAGCCUCAUCACCUUCCGCGAGGAGGCCCCUCUGCGGACCGGCCCGGAGGACCUGCAGGAGCUGGACGGCCUGGGCGCGGAGAACAGCCCGCUGUGCGGCCCAGGCAGCCUGGUGGAGGAGCUGGCGGAGGCGCCGAGGGCUCAGGGUGACCGAGGCCCACACGUGGCCUUCCUGCUCACGCGCUGGCGGAAGUUCUGGGGCGCUCCCGUGACCGUGUUUCUGGGGAACGUGGUCAUGUACUUCGCCUUCCUCUUCCUGUUCACCUACGUCCUGCUGGUGGACUUCAGGCCGCCCUCCCAGGGGCCUUCGGUGGCUGAGGUCACCCUGUACUUCUGGGUCUUCACGCUGGUGCUGGAGGAGAUCCGGCAGGGCUUCUUCACGGAUGAGGACACACACCUGCUAAAGAAAUUCACGCUGUACGUGGAGGACAACUGGAACAAAUGUGACAUGGUGGCCAUCUUCCUGUUCAUCAUUGGUGUCACCUGCAGGAUGCUGCCCUCAGUGUUCGAGGCUGGGCGCUCGGUCCUGGCCAUGGAUUUCAUGGUGUUCACGCUCCGGCUCAUCCACAUCUUCGCCAUACACAAGCAGCUGGGCCCCAAGAUCAUCAUCGUGGAGCGCAUGAUGAAGGACGUCUUCUUCUUCCUCUUCUUCCUGAGCGUGUGGCUCGUGGCCUACGGCGUGACCACCCAGGCACUGCUGCACCCCCACGACAGCCGCCUGGAGUGGAUCUUCCGCCGCGUGCUGUACCGGCCCUACCUGCAGAUCUUCGGGCAGAUCCCGCUGGACGAGAUCGACGAAGCCCGUGUGAACUGCUCCGCGCACCCGCUGCUGCUACAGAGCUCGCCCUCCUGCCCCAACCUCUACGCCAACUGGCUGGUCAUCCUCCUGCUGGUCACCUUCCUGCUGGUCACCAACGUGCUGCUCAUGAACCUGCUCAUCGCCAUGUUCAGCUACACGUUCCAGGUGGUGCAGGGCAACGCGGACAUGUUCUGGAAGUUCCAGCGCUACCACCUGAUCGUGGAGUACCACGAGCGCCCCGCCCUGGCCCCGCCCUUCAUCCUGCUCAGCCACCUGAGCCUGGCCCUGAGCAGGGCCAUCAGGAAGACGGAGCACAAGCGGGAGCACCUGGAGCGAGACCUGCCAGACCCCCUGGACCAGCAGGUCGUCACCUGGGAAACGGUUCAGAAGGAAAACUUCCUGAGCAGGGUGGAGAAGAGGCGGCGCGACAGUGAGGGGGAGGUGCUGCGGAAAACGGCCCACAGCCUGACUUCUGCCUGUCACAGGGUGGACGUCGUUGCCAAGUACCUCGGGGGGCUGAGAGAGCAAGACAAGCGGAUCAAGUCUCUGGAAUCGCAGGUCAACUACUGCACGAUGCUCCUGUCCUCCGUGGCUGACACGCUGGCGCAGGGCAGCGUCCCCUGGAGCUCUCGGAACUGUGGCAACGGGAGCCGGCAGGCCGCUGCUGACCACAGAGGGGACCCUGGCGGCAGGGAGCACCCGCAGCCUGGCCAGCCACCCUCGGACACCUGAGCUGCUUGGCCUGUUGCGUGCUGGGCCCGCUUCUC